AUGCCAUCAGACGCAAAGACCAUUCCUGGAAGAUACGAUUUCCAAACUCUUUACAACAAACUCCUGGCAUCUAUCACGGGUGGAAAGCCAAAGGUGCUCUUCGUUAGCAGGACAUCAUGGUUCGUAUACCCACAUUCUGUUCUGAACGUGGAAGAAAAAAGUCUUCAAGACCCUGGAGAGGGCAGCCCCCUCUAUCCAAAGUGGUUCACGAAGGCUCCUAAGAAUGGAGAAGAGGUUGCUUAUAUUCUCCUAAACACAUUCGAUCCAGACGCUCGCAUCAAGAACUUGCGACACAGAGCUUACGAGCGUAACGACGAAGUUAGGGAAGCUCUUAGUCAGAAGAAUACCCCUUGA